GAAAAACCAGGUUUGGAGUAAAUACAAGAAGGCUUUUUUCGUUAUAAAAAAUCAGGGGAAUUGCUUGUCCCCGAACAAACCUGAGAAUGCGUUUAUUUUGAAUAGCUAUUUAAUAUUAAAAGCAUCAACCGAAAACAGUAUAUACUUUAAAGUUAAAAUAACGAUGACGAAUAAUUUUUAUAUAAAAUUUUGAAACGUUCCUCUGUAUGAUGCAAUUAUUCUAAUAAUUGAAGGCACAUCGCAUUUGAAGCAAUAAAUUAAAAAUGAAAUGUACAUACACGUACCGAUUGUUACGAUUAUUUUUUUUACCACCUAUUACACGUAGUAUAUAGGGUGUGCGAAAAUUUAUCACGCGUUUCAGCAAGUUUGUAUCGAAAAGAUUGAAAAAUCGAAAACCGGUAAAUGCGACGUUCAAAUACUAAUCGUGGAGAUGGCAACGGAUCUAGUGUGAUCUGACGUGAAAUGACAUUUGAGUUAUGAAAUCCUUUAGAUUAUGUGUCAUCUAAAUUUCGACGUAAUUGCCUUUUAUAUUCUACCCCAUCGACGAACUUUUGCAGAUUUUUAUCGUUUACACAGUUUCUGACGUGUCAUAUAUUCUACAACAAAAUGUUUGGUAUAAAUUUUCGUCGAAAUGUGGAAUCAGCAUUUGGUAAAUUUGUACCGAAAAAAUCGUUUAACAUGUGUGGUUUAAAAUAUAUAAGAGAACCUUUGAAUCCGUUGAAACGAUGUCCACGAUGGGUAUGCGUAGAAGAUGCGGUGAAAAUCAUAAAUUCAGAGCAUUUAGUUUUUAUACAAGGCGGGGCAGCUACGCCUAUGGAAUUGAUACGCGCCAUGACCGAACACGGUGUCUGCAACAAUCUACGCAGUGUACGAUUACUUCACAUGGGUCUCGAAGGAGACGCGCCGUUUGCAAGCCCCGAAUUUCAGAAGCACUUCAGGUCCGUAAGCUUUUACAUCGGAGCCAAUCUCAGAGAAGCUGUUAACGAAGGCAGAGCCGAUUACAUUCCGAUAUUUCUUCACGAAGUGCCAAAGCUUUUUUACGAAAGAAGAAUCAUCCCCGACGUUGCUCUAAUUCACGUCAGCGUGCCGGACGCGCGUGGUUUUUGUUCUCUGGGCGUAAGCGUGGAUUGCACGCGUGCUGCCCUAAGUUCGGCGAAAGUUAUCGUUGCCCAGGUUAACGAGCACAUGCCGAGAUCGUUCGGGGACACGGUAAUUCACUCGAGUCACAUCGACUGGGCCGUGAAAUACGAUUGUCCUUUGCCAUGCGUGGCAAGCACUCCGCCAAACGAAAUCGAACUAGAAAUUGGGAAGAUCAUAGCGCAAAGGCUGAUAGACGAUGGAGCAACCUUGCAACUCGGUAUAGGAAAUAUUCCCGACGCUGUUCUCUGCUCCCUCGGUAAUCACAAAGAUCUAGGCGUUCAUACCGAGAUCAUGGGCGACACGAUGGUGGAUCUGGCAGAACGCGGGAAUAUUUCCAAUAAAAUGAAAGUGAAACACAGGGGGCGUAUGGUCAGUUCCUUGGCAAUUGGUACCAAAAGGGUGUACGACUUUUUGCACAAUAAUCCAUUCGUAGAAAUGCUUACGAUCAACUAUGUCAACGAUCCUAGAGUGAUAUCGCAGCAACCGAAAAUGACUGCCAUUAAUUCCUGCAUAGAAAUGGAUAUUACCGGUCAAAUAUGUUCAGACAGUUUGGGCUGUAAAAUGUACUCCGGUUUCGGCGGGCAACUCGACUUCAUUCGCGGCGCUGCAAUGGGCCAAGAUGGCCGCGGGAAAGCUAUAAUUGCGUUCCCCUCGGUUACGAGCAAGGGGGAAAGCAAAAUUCAACCUGUACUUAAACUUGGCGGUGGAGUCGUAGUGACAAGAGGACACGCGCAUUAUAUAGUCACGGAGCACGGAGUGGCCCAACUUUUCGGUAAAACAUUACGCCAAAGAGCAAACGCGUUGAUUCAAAUUGCUCAUCCCGAUCACAGGGAAUGUCUCGAAAAGGCUGCAUUCGAAAGACUUAAAGCUAAUCCGACUAAAUAUUUGUGAUCGACGUUUGUAAAAAAAACCCUGAG